ACCAAAGCUAUUAGGUCCCUGUGGACUUGACCUGUGCUCAAACCUGGGCAGGUUCCUGGGAUUUCAAUACAUCAAUUGGUUCCUGACUUUUGUGGGGACCUGUGAGCAUCUUUUGUGUUCCAGGCCUGUGGCUGGGUCCAGGAAGACAGGCUUCUCUUUGAAUUUGAGGUGAGAAAACCAGCCAAGAAAAUGAGAAAUUACAGUUGGAUUUCAAGAGGUGUCAUCUCUACUAGGAGCUAGGGACACAUCCUAAGGGGAAGCCUGGCUAGGAUCUUUUUAACUGUUUCCAAGCUAGAAAUGAUGUGGUCAAGGAACAGGGAACCCUGGUCCCUCCAUGAAGUCUUCCACCCUGCCACGCCAUCCCCUACAGGCUGAUGGGGGCGCCUUCACUGUACCCCACAGCCUUUGGCACCAAAUCUUUGUUAUUUCACCUUUCUCCCCUGCCGUGAUCCCCUAAGGUCAGGGAUGAUGUCUGUGUCCUCAGCGUUCCUAGCGCACGGCUUGUAACUGAGCUGUCAGAGAGUUGGUGAAUGUAUGCUACGAGGGAAAGAAAUGAACAAAAGAGGGACAGGCCAGUGAUAAGAAAAAGAGCUCAGUAGAAGAGAAGAAUGAAGAUACAGGUUUGAGUAGCAGCAAGGUUAUUAAUCAUUGGUGCUGUCUACUGAACACCUACUAUGUGCUGACACAAUAAAAGGAGAGAUGCCUUAGGAGUGGAUGGUGGGGUCUCCCUACCCUACCUGGGUUGCAAGGAUCCAACCCCUGGAAGGUAGGGCAGGAAUGGAACCAAGAGACAGUCUUGGGCCACCCUCCCUCCUACCACAAUGCACCUCCCUCUGGCCAGUGACCCAGGCAAGCCUGCUCCUAGCAGCCCCACGUUUAGUGCAAGUGACACUGAACUGAUCAAGGUCCCUGCCAGGUGUCUGGGAGCUUGGGCCAAACAAAGCCAGGCUGCCUGGAAGUGAGGAAACCCAGAAGUGAACAGGAGACAGCCCAACCUGAUGACCUCUUUUAAGCCCCUCUUUCUAUCUAAGCCAUCCCUGGACUUCCCCAUUCCCUGAGCGGAUAAAGCCUCUGCUUUCUGAGGCCGACUUGAAGGUGGCUUUCUGUUACCCGGAACUCAAAGACUUAGCUGGGAUAUGCUUCUGGGUCGGUCUGUCGCCAUCACUCUUCCCUAGUUAAGAUCCUGAGCAAGCAACUUAGCAAGAUCCUGUCUCAAAAAAAUACAAAAGGAGUGGGAAUGUAGUUCAGUGCAAAGGCCCCGGGUUCAAUCUUCGGUACUACCAAGGAAAAAAAAGAAAAUGAAAAGAUCCUGAUCAAAGGAAGGAAUAUCCCCGGAAUGGAGCUAAGAGGCUCAGGGUGAGAAAGAAAGGUCAUAGUGCAGCGGGAGCCCCCAGAUGCAAAAGUAUCUGGAUGCCAGGACAACCAAAGGUGACAGCAGUCGGUAGCAAGUCCUUCCACAAAGCUUGAUUCCUCACCGCAGGCAACCCUCACAGGCUCAGCCCUUAGCCCGGAGCCCAGGGGUAGACCCUCAGCCCCGCCCUUCAGAAGCUCUCCAGCUUCUGCGGAGGGAAUUAUGGGUUCCGCGACUUCCUGGUGAUUGCGCACCCGUCGUGCAGAGCCAAUCCUCUGCGCAUGAGCUCAGGAUCUUUUCCGGGUGUCCUGACUACAACCCCCAGGGUGCACUGCGCCCGGCGAGCCCAGUUCAAACCCACCAAUCGGCGGUCCGCGCGGCCGCCGGGCGCCCUGUUUAAACCCCGGGGGAGGUUUAUCCCCCAUCUCCGGCCCACGGGGUGAGGGCGGGCUUCUGACAGCUCCCUCCACCGAAAGAGGGGCCGGCAGCUACGUGGUUUCAGCCAAGCGGCAGGGUAGGCGGAGAUGGAUGUUGCCAAGAAGGAAGGGUCUUGCUGUGUAGUUCAAGCUGGCCUUGAACUCAUGAUAAUCCUCCUGCCUCAGCCUCUUGAGUGCUGGGAUGAAAGAUGUUCUUCUUUUGGCUGAUGAAAAAUUUGACUUCGAUCUCUCAUUGUCUUCUUCAAGUGCAAAUGAAGAUGAUGAAGUCUUUUUUGGACCUGUUGGGCAUAGAGAAAGAUGUAUUGCUGCCAGCCUAGAGUUAAAUAACCAGGUUCCCUCACAGCCUGCCUCGGCCGGGCCAGCCAGUGCCUGCGCCUGGAGCCCGCUCACCGGAGAGAAGUUCGUGGAAGUGUACAAGGAGGCGCACCUGCUGGCCCUGCAGAUAGAGAGCCAGAGCAGGGCCCAGGCGGCCCCAGCUGCCCAGCCCGAGAAGCCCUGGAGCCAGGGCAUGGAAAGAUUUGUCCAGGAAUCAAAGCUAAAAAUGAGCCUCUUUGAGAAAGAAGAGGAAACUGAGAAAAGCCCCAAGUCACUUAAAAGAGAAACCUACUACCUGUCAGAAAGCCCCUUGGUGGGGACACCACUCUUGCUCUCAGGAGGCCAGCCUCCCUCAGCCGAGCCCCUGCUCCCAGCCCCGGCCCUGAGCCUGGCCCCGAGCCUGGCCCCGGGCCCGGCCAGCCCUGCCCCUGCAGGGCAACACUCGUCUCAUCUUUGGCCCGGGGACUCACGGGCUGUCCACCCUCCAGGUCAGGCCAUGCCUCAGAAGAGGGCACCCAGCAAGCUGCCAGCACCUCGAGCUUUGGCUGCACGAGGACGGCUCCUUCACCUGGCCUCGGAGAAGCUCAAGAAAGAGGUACCAGGGAGUCCUUCCCGGGGGAAACUCCUGAAUGAAAAGCAACUCCAUGGGGCUGGGCUCCCGGACAAACCCCGAGCGGUGCUGGAUGCUCCUGGCCUGCUGGGUACCGGAGGCCACAGGGGCCAAGGCAAGCGAUUGCUCCCGGUCCCCAGCAAGGUGGGGCUGAAGAAGAGCCUAUUAAAGCCUCCCGGCUGUGCUAGCAGUAUCACGGGGAAGUCUUCCUCUUCCUCAGGGUCCUCCUCGAGCACGACGUCCAGCGUGUGCCCAUCCCCAGCAGCAGGCAAAGCAAAGUCAAGGGAGCUUGCAAGUGUUCCUGCCAGUGGUACCCAGCCUCCGUCAAGCACCAGCAAGUCAGGCAGGCUUGGACCUGCCACGCCUCACCAGUCUCUGCCAGCAGCCCCUGAGAGGGUGUCCAGCAAGCGGGCUGGAAGGAUUGAUGGUGCCCUGUCCAUGGCACCCCUCACAUCUCCCCCAGCCCAGCCCUGGACCCGGGAAAGUGGAGGCCCAAGGCCUGACCCUCGGUCUGUUUUGUCAGCAUCUUUUGAACUGAAUAAAACUCAAAGCAUAGGCCGGAGAGAUUCCUGUCUAAAUUCCAGGAUGAAGGUUGUGCCUACCCCUACACGUCCAUUUAAAAUUCCCAAGUUUUCGACCGGUGGGUCCCCCAACAGUAUGACGCCAAAGUUCUCGCGGGCACAGAGGCUGCAGUCAUGGGCAUCUGCUGGCAGGGUCAUGGUUCACAGCACUCCUGUGAGACGCUCUUCAGGGCCAGCGUCACAAAGCCCCCCCGGCAGCACGCGGACCCCCAUGAGUGCAAGACGAAUGUCUGCGUUGCCCACACCUGCCAGCCGGCGCCUCUCGGGCCUCCCACUGAUGACCCCCAGAACCAUGCCCAGGGCCCUAUCGUCCCCGCUGUUUGUCCCUGCCCGGCGGCUGUCUUCUGAGCCCCGGAGAAGAUCCGAAGUGGGCACUGAGCCGGCGAGGGACAGUGGCAGAGGGCCAGGACGCGGCCAGGUGGCUCCCUCACCCAGUGGGGUCUUCUCCCCUCCUCCUUCUGUGCCCCAUGCCCUUUGCUUCUCUCCAGAGAAAAGCAUUCCUUUCCCGGAAGGCCCUGCCACAGGACCAGCUCAGGACGAGGCCAAGCGCAAGGAGGACACCCACCCCACUGAGGUGGUAGACACAGCAGUGCUGGACCGUCCUCCCCUGCGUGGCCCUGCGCAGGCCCUGCUCGUGGACAUCGGGCUGGACCAGCUGGCCAUCUCUCCCCCGGCGGCACGCCCCCUCAUCGCCCUCGGCAGCACUCCUGGGGCAGAUGUGCCCUCGGGGCCUGUGAGCGGACCCCUGAUCGACCUCACCACCAGCACCCCGGACAUGAACAGACAUGGUGUGUCCAAAGCUGUGCCAGCCGAGGGCCAGCUCAUCGACCUGUGCUCCCCUCUCAUCCAGCUGAGCCCUGAGGCUGACAAAGAAAACCUGGACUCGCCGCUUCUCAAGUUCUGAGUAGAACAGAAGCCCAAGAUCUGCUAGCUGUGUGAAAGGAACAGUUGGUCCUAAAGUGGCUUUUGACCCUUAGAAGAGUGGUACAGGAAACUGAUUUUUUUAAAAAAGCUAUGUGCAUUUUCUGUGCCUGGAGGGGGCAGCUGGGGACAGCUCUGCUUCCUUAGUUCCUCUCCUUCCAUUCCCAGGCUGGGACGCAGCACUCUGAAGAAUUUAAGGUUUCUGUAUGUAAAAUAGCAAGCACCUAGUUUUAAAGUUAAAUUUGUAUGAAACAUUAAAUAAUCUAGAUUUAAAUUAAAUUGUAAAAUAAAGUAUAUUAGAACAUA